CACAACGGCGAGAGAUUAACACUGUUCACAAACCCAGAGACAUGAGGAAAAUGGAAGAGGACCUCGAAUGUGUCUGUGCGAGAAACAGAAAGCUGAUUUAGGACUGCUCUGCACUGGUUUCUUCUUCUAGGAGUGCCUCAGGGUAAGGACUCACUGUCCCUUGACUGUCUCUUUUAGGACUCCCUCUGAUCCUUUGAGGCAUGGACUACAUAUCAUUUCAGCCUUUCUGGGACUCUUCCUCUAAGAUUUCGGAGCGUCUUCUUUCACCCCGUUUCUAAAAGAGUGAGAGAUAUUUGUGUCUCGCACUGAUUCUAUCAGACUUGAAGGGUUUCAUUCGAGAGUUCCUUCAGUCUUUUCUGCCUUUCUCUCUCUCUGUCUUUGUGAUCAUGCACUGAAAUCAUCAGUUCAUAAAUUGAGGGCACACCUGUCUCUCAAAUUCACUCACUUGUGUGGAUCUAACCAGAACUCUGCAGCUGGAAUUUUGCGAUGGAUAUUGCAAUGGAUUUUGGGAUUGCCGAAUUUUUUGUUUAACGCUGAACCUGCCGCACAAGACAAGGUGAAAAGGGGUAAGAACUUUUGUUUCACGGAGGUUGAAAGUAAAGGUUUUCCAGUGAUUACUUAGUCUGGGUCAGCAAACACGUCUCUUCUGCAUCAUAGAGCUUCCAAGACACAUUCUGAAGAGAGGAUGCUGCAGGAGACCAGCAUUAGAGCAAGUCCAACCUGAUCGCUCCAUCCCCGCCCUCCCAAGCCAAGUCCUCCACAAUCCCAGGAUGCUCUGCCCCUGCCGAGGGAAGCUGAAGUUGCUGGUGGUGUCUCUGAGUUUCGUCAUCCUGUUCACCUGGCUUUACCUGCUCGUGGGGAACUCAGAAAACGGGCGUUCCCUGCUCCUUUCCGCAUGCUUGCUGGAAUCCACAGAAGCACGGCUGCUGGAACGGGACGUCCUGGCAUCGCGGGUUCGAGAGGUGGAGGAAGAGAACCGGCAGAUCCGCCUCCAGCUGAGCCAAUCGCAGGGCCUGGCUGCCCAGCCUGCCGAGGGUAACUAUGGCAACCAGCAGUGGGUGGCAUCGGCAGACACCGGUCCAGAAGAUGUGGAGAACACAGCCGAGGAACGGGCCAAUCACAGCGAGUGUUCUCGCUCGCCCACUGCCGAGAAGUGUGAGUUGAUUCACGUGGCAUGUGUGUGUGCGGGUCACAAUGCCAGUCGGGACGUGGUCACUCUGGUCAAAUCCAUCCUGUUCCACAGGAGAAACCCACUACACUUUCAUUUCAUCACAGAUACAGUGGCCAAUCAGAUCCUCAGCACUCUGUUCCAGUCGUGGAUGGUACCGUCUGUGCAAGUCAGCUUCUAUGACGCUGAUGAACUCAAAUCAGAGGUGUCUUGGAUACCAAACAAACACUAUUCAGGAAUUUAUGGCCUGAUGAAGCUCACUCUCACCAAAGCUCUGCCGACUAACCUUUCAAAGGUCAUCGUCCUCGAUACAGACAUCACCUUUGCCACUGACAUCGCCGAGCUGUGGGCCAUCUUCCGGAAGUUCACAGAGAAACAGGUGAUUGGUCUGGUGGAGAAUCAGAGCGAUUGGUACCUCGGUAAUCUGUGGAAAAAUCACAAACCCUGGCCAGCCCUCGGACGAGGCUUUAACACAGGUGUGAUUUUACUCUACCUUGAGAGACUGCGGCGCAUCAGCUGGGAACAGAUGUGGAGACUGACAGCCGAGAGAGAGCUGAUGAGCAUGCUUUCAACAUCCCUGGCAGACCAGGACAUAUUCAAUGCAUUCAUAAAACAGAACCCAGUUCUGGUGCAUCAGCUACCGUGCUUCUGGAACGUACAGUUAUCGGAUCACACACGCUCUGAACAGUGCUACACCGAGGUGUCAGAUCUAAAGGUCAUUCACUGGAACUCUCCUAAAAAGCUGAGGGUAAAAAACAAGCACGUGGAGUUUUUCCGUAAUCUUUACUUGACGUUUCUGGAGUACGACGGGAAUCUUCUGCGACGGGAACUCUUUGGCUGUCCCAAUCAGGCCAGCUCUGAGAGCACAGUGCUUCAACAAGCACUAGAGGAGUUAGAUGAGGACGACCAGUGCUAUGAUUUCCGGAGGGAGCGAAUCAUGGUGCACAGGGUGCAUCUGUACUUCCUGCAGUAUGACUACACACCUACAGAUGACGGCACGGACAUCACACUAGUCGCACAGCUCUCCAUGGACAGACUGCAGAUGCUGGAGGCCAUCUGUAAGCACUGGGAGGGCCCCAUUAGUUUGGCCCUAUACAUGUCUGAUGCCGAGGCCCAACAGUUCCUGCGUUACGCUCAGGCAUCUGAAGUCCUCAAGAACCGCAAUAAUGUAGGCUAUCAUAUCGUUUAUAAGGAGGGUCAGUUCUAUCCUGUCAAUCUGGUACGCAAUGUGGCACUCCGCAACGUCAACACACCCUACGUUUUUCUGACUGAUGUGGAUUUUCUGCCCAUGUACGGCCUCUACGAUUACCUCCGAAAAACUAUAGUCCAGCUGGACAUGGCCAAUACCAAGAAGGCUCUGGUUGUGCCCGCCUUUGAGACACUGAGAUAUCGCCUCUCCUUCCCCAAAUCCAAGGCCGAGCUUCUGUCUAUGCUGGACAUGGGGACUCUCUACACCUUCAGGUAUCACGUCUGGACAAAGGGUCAUGCGCCAACCAAUUAUGCCAAGUGGAGAACAGCCACAACACCAUACAAGGUGGAGUGGGAGGCAGAUUUUGAGCCGUAUGUUGUGGUGCGACGAGACUGUCCUGAGUAUGACCAGAGAUUUGUUGGCUUUGGCUGGAACAAAGUAUCCCAUAUCAUGGAGCUUGAUGCUCAGGAGUACGAUCUUAUUGUGUUACCAAAUGCCUUCAUGAUCCACAUGCCCCACGCGCCCAGCUUCGACAUCUCAAAGUUUCGCUCCAGUCCGAGUUACCGCUACUGCUUGACGACUCUGAAGGACGAGUUCCACCAAGACCUUUCUCGAAAGUACGGUUCUGCUGCUCUCAAGUACCUCACAGCACAGAGGAACAUCUGAAAACUGUUUCAAAUGUACUUUAGCACACAGGAGAACGGCUCGAUCUAGUCAUUUGAGGAUCAACAGUCAACAUGCUGCUCUGCUAUAUAUGUGUCCAGAGGAACGAAGCUGAAGCCCACGUCUCUGCUGAAGACUCUGAAAUCAAAGCUUUAAUUCUUCUUUUUGAAAAGUCAUAAUGCAGAGGACCGUGAAAACCAAUGACAUCAGCAACACACCCAUCAGACAUUGGUGGCGAAAACUCGACCAAACAUGCUUGAACUGU